AUGCCAAAAGCUAAUUCUUCAUUAUCAUUUGUUUCUCCUCAUCCACCAAUUCCACUUCCUGAUCAUCAUAAUCAUCCAGUGACACGUCGUUCUUCUACAGUACUCAAUGAAGCCUCAGGUCUUCCUCCACCUGCUAAUGCAGUGUCCUCGAAUAUACAUACCGAACAUGAAAAUGAUGAUUAUCAAAAUAAACAAAUAAUUAGUUUACCCUUCAAUUGGCAGGCUUCAAAAUUUUCUCUCAAUGAUCGUAUAUCUGCAUUAUGUUUAAAUGAAUAUAUGGCUGAUGUACAUUUUGAGUUAAAUGACAGUGAUGAAUUAAUUCCUGCACAUAAAUUUGUUUUAAGUGUUGGUUCUUGUGUAUUUGAAGCUAUGUUUCAACGAAAUAAUGAAUCAUUAUCAUCAAUUAUACAUGUACCUGAUAUGGAAACUUAUGCAUUUCGUACAUUAUUACGUUUUUUAUAUGGUGAUUAUAAUACUCCAGCAUUAUCAAUAACACAUGAUACUGUUAUGUCAAUAUUAUAUGGUGCAAAAAAAUAUUGUGUUAUUGGUCUUGAACGUCUUUGUGUAGAUUUUUUAAAGAAAAAUAUUUCUAUUGAAAAUGCAUUAAUAUUAUUAAGUCAAGCACGUUUAUUUGAUGAAGCACAAUUAGCAGCACAAUGUUUAGAAGUUAUUGAUAAAAAUGCAAUGUAUGCAUUACAAACACCGGAAUUACUUGAUAUCGAUUUAGAUACAUUAAUGGCUAUUUUAAAACGUGAUACAUUAGGUGUGAGAGAAAUAAAAUUAUGGCAAACAUGUAUAGCAUGGGCAAAAAAUAAAUUAUCAAAUAAUCAAUCAAUAACAUCAGAUAUGAUUCGACAAACAUUAGGUGGAGCUUUAAAAUUAAUUCGAUUUCCAUUAAUGAGUCAAGAAGAAUUUGCACAAGGUCCAGCACAAUCCGGAAUUUUAACAGAUAAAGAAGUUAUUUCAAUAUUUUUAUAUUUUAGUUUACCAUCAAAAUCAUAUAAAUUAUGUGACUUUGAUGAUGAACCACGAAGUACAUUUAAAGAAUAUAUUGUUAAUAGAUUUCGUGAAGGUGAAGUUGAACAUCGUUGGUCUUAUUCAGAUGCAUUUGAUAGAAUUAGAUUUAAAUGUGAUAGACGUUUAUUAAUAGCUGGUUAUGGAAUUUAUGGAAGUAUAAGAGAACCAUUUGAAUAUAAUGUUCAUAUACAAUUACAUCAUCUUGAUUCUGGUCGAAUAUUAGGUGAAAAUGAAACAACAUUUAUGGCUGAUGGAUCAUCAUCAACAUUUCGUGUAUCAUUUAAAGAACCAUUAGAAAUUCAACAAGGAGAAUAUUAUGUUGCAAGUGCUAAACUUAAAGGUCCAGAUUCAUUUUAUGGUAUUAAUGGUUUACGUAGAAUAACGCAUGAUUGCGGUCUUGAUGGUAAAGUAACAUUUCAUUUUGCAUAUGCAUCCGGAGAAAACAAUGGAUCAAAUGUUGAUGAUGGACAAAUACCUGAAAUAAUUUUUUGUCUAUAA